AUGUUUGUUUCGUCAUCGUUGUACACAUCAACGGGAGGUGUCAUGGGAUCGUCUUCCGGGCCCAAUACUUCAUAUCUGCCAACGUAUCUCGGGCUCUGCAUUCCGGGGAUGUAUGCAUCGAGGCCCUUAUGGUUCUCCUCAGUUCACCCUGGCGGAGCUUAUGACCAGUCUGUCGCAAUCGAGAGAGGCCAUCGAUCUUCAGACUUACUUGAGCAGAUCUCUGUCAAGGAAGGAAGUAUUCGUGGCGGACUCGACAGACCGUCUUCUCAGAAAAAUCAAAUUCCUGAGCGCAGAAAACAUGCAAUCCGCAAAUCAAAAACCUUGUUGAGCGACUACAAAACUGAAUUUCCGGUUUACGUCGUAGGACCCUCCACCACAUUUGGGAGAUUGAUCGACAAGUUGGCCGAAGAACAUUCCUUGACUCCCCAAAUGGAGAAAAUCACAGCGCUUAACGAAGACUUGAUGGAGCUUUUGCCCUACGAAUCCCAUAUUAAUCAAAUGUUUGACUUCAUAAAAUGGAAUACAGAUCAAAAACAAAACCCAAAUAUCUAUACGGCCAGCAGUAUCAUACAAGAAUUUCAGAGGAAGGUUCGAAUUUUCGCGAAACUAAGACUUUUGAAGCUAGGCGACUACGAUUCGAAUGAGUCAUACUGGAAAAUCGGUCAAUUACUACUGCCUGCACUUCAGUUUCCCUCUACUCAGCGCUCUCGAUUGGAAGCAGAGAAACAGUUACAAGCAGUUGCCGGUUCGGUAUUAGAUGGAGUGAAGGAACUGAUGACCAAAUACAAUACUGAAGCUGAGCUUAUGAAAUGGGAAUAUCAUGAGCUGGACUGGAUAAAUACCUGGAGGUAUACUUUUAAAGUAGUGGAUCUUUUGCUCAGAAAUGGCUUCAUCAAUCAGGAAAAAUUUCUUAUUUUCUCACAAGAUCAGGAAUUGGCAAAAUUAGUAGUGGUCUCCUUCAUCAAUUUGAUUGAGAAGCGCCCCUCUUGGCUUCAGCUCAAAGCCAAGACAGAUUUUGGGAAUUUAGAUAAUACUUCAAAAGAAAUCGAUGAUGAUAUGAGAAGAGUCAUAGAAGAGCCCUACUCGAAGAGAGCAAUGAGGCAUUGGAAAAAUUCUGGGAGCACAGAUUUCAAGUCUUUCGAGGAAUCCCUAGUCUCUGGAUUCUCUCGAAAGGAAAGAAGUCUACGCAAUGGAAUAGAGCGGGGAUCUUCUGACGAAUAUUCAGCAUUUAAACCUCAGCAACAUUACAUUAUGAAAACUGAAAAAUCUCUAUCCCCUGGCUAUCGAAGUCACGACAACGGGGUUUGGAAUUAUGAUCGAUUAUCCCAGCUGACAAGAGUGUUUAGAGAAUUGAUGGACAGAUUGACUGGCGACACAUCUUGGUCUCGUGAAAUCCGCUCAAGAAUAAUAGGAAAUUGGGUAGUGAACUCAGAUAAGGUCAUGGCGCUCCACAAAAACUUAGUGGAGCUGUCGCACUAUCAAGUCCCCCUCGUUGGCACUUUCCAGGAUGUCAAGCGCACUCGUAACAUUAGUCAAUUCCCAAACAUAUAUAUGGCCAGCAAUCUUAUCGAAGAAUGCCAGAAGAAAAUCGAGAUUCUGACAAAAUUAAGGCUUUUGGAGCUCGGGCAACACGAUUCGGACGUGUCAUAUCACAGACUGAUCAAAUCCUUACUUCCGACAUUCAAAUUUCCUGUGGAUCUUUCGGGUGAAAGCUUUCAAUUGGAAGUCAAAAACAACUUGGAAGAUGUUAGCACUAAGAUUUUGGGGAAUGUCAAGACUCUAUUGACCACAGACGGCCUUGAAUCCGAGCUUUCAAAAUGGACUCGUAGCCAGCGGAACUGGCACUUAACUUGCGGCUUUGCGUUUGCAGUAGUCGAUUCGUUGUCGGAGAAUGACUUUAUCAAUCCGAAGAAGAUAAAAAGAUUCUUACAAGAGAAGGCAAUAGCCAAGGUAGUGCUUGAUUAUAGUAAGUCGAUCUGGAGGCAAGAUACCGGAGCAAGAGACUACUCUCAGCAGGGGCCCUGGUCGGAGCUGAAUACAUCUUUCAAGAGUGAACAAAAUUGCAUCUUCCUCCCAAGCUAA